AUGGAGCCAAAGAACACCAACACAGGAAGGCAGGAGGCAGGCGCAAGGGCUGGUAGCACUCGAAACCUGGUUAGAGGUGGUGGUGCUUCCAUAUUGCAGCUGAAUGCAGAUGUUGUUCUUAUCAUCUUUUCAAUACUGCUCAAGUAUAAUUUUACAGAUUUUGCCAAUUUCUUCCUCACUUGGGCAUACUCUCACACCAAGGCAGAAAUUAAUUUCAUAAUUAAGAACUUAGAUUGGUCCAAAAUGCAUGCUCGGCAAGAAGAUUGGCAUCCAUCACACAUUAGAGUUAACUGUUGGGACCGCUGGGCAUACUCGAAAUUUUUUGGUUUUUUUGAACACUGCAAGAGAAAAGGGAUCUACCAGGCAAUUUUUUAUGAUUCAUGCAGACAUCUUCUUGAGAGAUCAGAAAUUCAAAAUAACUUGAACACCCUUCAACAACUUUCUAUUAACCAUUCACCCUCCAUUUUAGGUUUUUAUGUUUUCAAAUCUAUAUAUGAGCCACUUUCCCUAGAAGAAUGUGCUACAGCUAUUCAUAACCAUCUCAAGUCUAUUCAUUAUAGAGCAGAUCUGCGAUGGGUAGUGAAAGUGCUUCGCAACUUAUACGAGUCCAAAACAAUUCAGCGAUACACUCCAAAUGUAGGGGAAAUAUGUCCUUUGGGUUUUGGUGAUAAAAUUGCUCAAAACUUUGAUGCUAAUACAUUGCCUAUGGAUGUUGUGGCUAUAGAAGAUGAUGAUUUGUCUUUGGGAGAAGUUGAUGAUUUGUCUUCGCGUAAAUAUGUAUCUCCAGGUUCUACAACGUAUUGGUUGCCUUGUAUGGUUGAUAGUAAACCUAAUGUUGGAAAAUCAUUUAGGAGUAUAUAUGAGGCUGCGCAUUUUUAUGUUGAUUAUGGUCGUUCUUGUGGAUUUGAUAUUAGGCGUGGUAGUGAGAAGCGAUAUCGAGAUGGACGUAUUCAAUCGAAACGUUUUCACUGUUCACGAGAAGGCUUUUAUUCUAAAAAUGGUGAGAAGACUGAUGAUGGCUCAUUUUGUUCAAAACAAAAGAGGAAAAGUAUGUUUACUAGAUGUGGAUGUCCUGCUAUGAUUGUGGUGAAACAUACGAAGGGUUCAAUAUAUGAGAUUACUUUGUUUAUUGAACAACAUAAUCAUAGGUUUGCUAGUGCUGAUGGUAAGAAGUUUUUGAAGGCAAACCGGUCAAUGACUGUUGCACAUCAAAAUUUUGCAUUUGAUUGUUCAAAAGUCAGAAUAGGUCCUGCUCGUGCGUUUGGUUUAAUGAAAGAGUUUGUAGGAGGGUAUGACCAGAUUGGUGCAACAGUUGUUGAUUUUAAAAAUUGGAAUAGAGACUUGAAGAACAUAAUUGGGAAUGCAGAUGCACAAGUAAUAUUGAAUAAAUUUCAAUCUUUGAAGGAUUCUUCUAAUGGCAUAUUCUACUAUGAACAUGAUGUGGAUGAGUCUGUAAAAUUGACAAAGUUAUUUUGGGCAGAUUGUGUUGGUCGUAGAAACUAUGAUGUGUUUGGUGAUGUUAUUUCAGUAGAUGCCACAUUUAAUACUAACAAGUAUAACAUGGUUUUUGUUCCAAUCUGUGGUGUUGACAAUCAUAGAAAGUGUGUAACUUUUGGUGCUGGUCUACUUUCAAAAGAAGAUAUAGCUCAUUACAAAUGGAUUUUUCAAGCUUUACUAAAUUGUAUGGGGCGACAUCCAUUAUGCAUAUUGACUGAUCAAUGUGCUGCAAUGAAACAAGCAAUUGCUGAUGUGUUUGAUAAAGAAAAGACAAGGCAUCGUCUUUGUAUGUGGCACAUCAUGAAAAAAUUUCCAUCCAAGGUUGGUGUGGUAUUGGCAAUGGAUGGUGGAUUUUUAUCAAAGCUUAAACCUUUUGUAUGGGGUGAAAAUUUGGAUAUAUCUGAGUUUGAAGCUGGUUGGAAAUCUUUGAUGGAUGAGUUUAAGAUGACUGACAAUGAGUGGUUGUGUGAUAUGUAUGAAUGCCGACAUUUAUGGAUUCCAGCAUAUUUCAAAGAAGAUCCUUUAUUAGGAAUAUUACGGACAACAUCUUGGUCAGAAAGUGCAAAUUCAUUUUUUAGUCAUUAUCAUCAACCUGGUGAUACUCUAUCUCAGUUUUAUCUACGUUUUGAGACUGCAAUGGAUAAGCAACGUAAUAUCAAUUCAGACUUGAAUCAUAAGUCUAAUGUUGCGUUCCCAAGUACUGAUACAGAACUAUUUUUGGAGAAGGAUGCUGCAGAGUUAUACACACGUGAAAUAUUUUAUAAAUUCCAGAAACAAGUACGAGAUGCUUGUUUCCAUUUGGUAAUAAAGGAUAUGAGUGGUGUUGAAGUAAAGAAGUUUGUUUUACAUGAUCUUAAAGCUGCUAAAGAAUUUCAUGUUUUGCACAUUUUGGAAAAUCAUAAACUUGAGUGUUCUUGUAGGAUGUUUGAAAGAAUUGGUUUGCCAUGCAGUCAUUUGAUUCUUGCAUUAAAACAAGUUCCUGUGCACAAGCUGCCAAGGCAUCUUGUUCUGAAUAGAUGGAUGAAAAAUGCUGAGAAAAAUGCAACAAGAUUUGUUUCAAGCACAUCAAGUGAUGAUAAAGAGAAAUUUAGUGUUAUUGUGAAUGAUAUUUGGUUUGAUUUCAAUUCGUGUAUGGGGUUGGCUGGUGACAAUAAAGAAGCACUUGAUUUGAUUCAAAGUUGUCUAAAAGAUGUAAAACAGAAGUUACGUGGUUGGAAAUUUGAAGGGAAGCUAGUUGUGGGAAACAAGAAAGAUGUUGUUGAAAAGUUUAUUGGAUCAGAGAUUCCAGUUAACAUUGAAGUCAAGCCUCCAAAUCAAUGUCGGAACAAAGGGUGUGGAACAAAGAGAAUUAAGAGUGCUGCUGAAAAAUCAACUAUACUUUCUGGUAAACUAAAGAGGAUUUGCAGGUAUUGCAAGACAGAAGUUUAUCAUGACUUUAGGAAUUGUCCUGUAAGAAAAAUGCAAAAUUUGGAUGAGAAUUCUGCUGGGAAGAAGAAACAAAAACAAAGUACAGACAACAGUGAAAGUGGCAUGGGUGACAAUUUUGAACUCUAG